UACCUAGUCUGCGGAGAGAGGAGGAAGAAGAAGAACGGCUUCUCUCCAUUUUUUUCAUUUGCGCUAGUUCUUACCAUCGUUGGUACUAUCGAUACGGAGCUCUGAGAACAAGUAAGGUAGAUACAGUCUAAGAUGUGGGAUGGACCAGGGCCUGGGCAAGGACCACGAGGAGGACCACCUUUUCGUGGUGACCAUCGUGGAGAAAUGUUUGGGGGCAGAGAUCGUCCCAUGCCUGAGUUUAGAGGUAGAGAUGGAAUGUAUAUGGGUCCCAUGGGUCAUAUGGGCCCCAGACCUCUAGAUCUACCCCCUGUGGACAUGAGAAGGAUGGAUGGUCCAACCAUGAGGGGACGAGAAAUGGACCCACGUGAUAUGGGAGGUAGAGAGCCCCACAGGGAUUUCUUCAGACACGAAGAAGAGGCAGACUUUAGUCUCAGAAGACAAUUUGAAAGUUCAAUUAGAGAGAAAUUGAAUAAUACAUCUGGUUUUGCUGGACCAGGCAGAAACUCUGGAGACAUGGGAGGGAGAGGGAUGCCACCACGUGAACCUGGCGGCAGAUUUAUGGAUAUGAGAGACAGAGACGCGUUUCAUUAUGACAUGCCUCGGUUCAACAAUCCAAAUAAUGAUGGAAGAAGAGGGUUUCCAAUGGACCGAAUGGAGCGAAAUGAUGGUUUUAGAGACAUGCGCGACAGACCUCCAAUGGGCAUGGGUGACACUGAUCGUUAUGAUACGGACAUGCCCACACGGGAAAGGAGGAUGAUAGACCCAGACAGAAGAGGAGGACCACCUUUCAAUCCAAGAGGUGGAUUUGAUUCUGAUAUGGACUUUAGAAAUCGUCCUGGACCAUCAGCUGAAUUCAGAGGAAGGGAUCGCUCCCCAUUAAGAUUUGGAAACUCUGUACCCCCUGUAGACAGGGCAAGAACGGAAAUGCCUCCAGAUGUUAGUGGCCCACAAAGAUCAGAGUUUAUGGGCAUUGAAGACACACACAGAGACAGAGAGUAUCCAGAUUCAGGAGACAGUCCACUUAUGGAUUAUCGGAGUGGUGAAGAGAUGACACUUGCUGAGGAAUGGAAAAACCGUCGCAAGGAGAAGACCCCUUUUGCACACAUGGCUAAAGGUUUGGGGGCCAUAAAUGAACCCAGCUUCAAUGUAGGAUUUGGCAGAGAAGGGAACGUUAGAGAUCCACCACCAUUUCCAGAAAGGGAUCGGACAGCUGUUGAAUUCCCAGGGAAGGAUGUCAACUUUCCUUGCAGUGACCGCUUUGGUGCUAUGGAUUUACCAUCAAUUGGCAGCAAAGCUCCACAAGACCAUCCACAGCCCCUUAAGGGCCCUCUGGGCAGUGAGAGUGAAAGUAAACAUUGGCUUGAAGAAAGAGACCCAAAGCACAGUCAAACAAAACCAAAUCAAGAUGAAAGACCUACUUACCUUCAAGACAAGAAUGAACCCACACAUAAGAUGCAAGAACCACGUGAUUGUUUUGAAGGACUGAAAGAUGUCCCACACAAUCAAGGACCUGCUAGGACUAAGAUGGGGACGGAUCGUGAUUUCCAAAGCAGUAGCACUGUACAGCCAAGAGACCAAGACUACAGGGAUAUUGAUUACAGAACAGGAUCUGCGAGAGUGUUUGAUUAUAAACAUGAGGACCUUCAGACACCUGAGAAACUCCUUAAAGAGUCUAAACCAGUCACACCUUCAAAAUUUAGUGAGUCUGGUUCUCAGGAUCAAGAUUACAGAAGUGCAGCAGUGGAGGAUAAAGUAUCCAGUACAAUAUCCAUAAUCGGUAUUCCAAAGACUGCCACAAUGGAACAGAUCCUGGGGGCCUUUGCAGUCCGUGAGGGUGUACCAAUGCAGGGCAUGAAAAUCAAAAAUGUUGUGCCAGGUUACAGCUACGAUACUGCCAAUGUGGAGUUUUUAAACCUCGAGGAUGCAGUCCACUUCAUGGAGUCCAACAAGGGAUCCCUAAAGGUUGGCACUAGAACAGCAUCCAUGAAGUAUAUCCAGCCAGAAGACUGUGAGAGAAGUGUUCAUGCAUCAGAUCACAAAGUACCUCACCUCCAGGAGCCCCAGUUGCCCAGACCAGAACAACCCGUAGAAGAGCUGAAGAGCAAUGUGAAUGGAUCCAAACCACCGGGCUCCAUGGAGCCGUUGCCUCAAAACCAGUGGCAGCGUAAUUCUGACCUGACCCCAGAGGCCUGGCAGCAGCAGGUGGAUCAGCAGCUCCAACAACAAGAGUCAGAACAGCGGGCAGAGUCUUGGACCAACCGCAACCCCCCUCAUCACAACUCCCACCAGUCUGACUCUGUUUUUAGGGACAGCAAAACCAUGAUCAUAAAGAAUGUGAAGCCCACCACGACAGUAGAGACCAUCCUAAAAGCUUUGGAUCCUUUUGCAUAUCUGGAUGAGAGAAAUGUUCGCUUAGUCAAGGCCAAGACACCCGGAGCCAAGUGCUUCUGUUUUGUUGACAUGGACUCCCAUGAGCAAGUAAGACGUCUGGUCGAACUCCUCACUAAACCCAGACCACUUUAUAUAGACGGAGUCAGAGUUUAUGCAGAGGUUGCAAAACCCUUAAAGAAUCAGAAUUUCAGAAGAGAUUUUGAUAAAGCAAACAGUUCUAUCCUCAGUUAUCCACCUGACACUAACAUGACUGGGCAGCAGCACCAUCAACAACAACCACAACAACAGCCGCCACCCCCACAGCAGUUCCACCACCAGCACUUCCCACACCCUCCAGCAUUCAUGCCAUCUCUGCAGAUGCCUGCUUGUGCUCCUGGUGGAAUGCAGGGUGACAUGAUGGCUGGUAGCACAAAUCCUGCUCUGCCACUAGACCACAGUAUGAGCCAGGGAGGUAACUACAGUGAGACUCCAGCUGUGGAUCCAUCAUACCAGGCUGCAGGACAUGUGCCACCAGAAUCAGGUGGGAUGACAGCUGCUACAGAUGAAUCCCAUGGAUCACAGACCUAUGUCUAUGGCACCGAGACUCCAGACACGACCAACUACUUGUAUGAUGCCACAUCAGGCUUCUACUAUGAUCCUGAGACGACAUUUUACUAUGACCCUAACUCUAGGUAUUUCUAUAACGCACAAACCCAGGAAUACAUGUAUUGGGAUGCUACGUUAAAGACCUACAUCCCAGUCCCUGGAGGAAGCUCUGCAGAGACCCAGCCUGUGCCCAUGACCGCUGAGGACCAGGCCAUUCUGUCCAACCCUGCAGCAGAUGCUCCUCUAGAAAUGAAGAAACCAUCAGCACUUCCCCUCACCACAGCAGCACCAGCACCAGCCCAGGGCUCCACAACUACUGUGACUCCAGAACCUGUCCCUACGUCUGUCACAACUCCUGAGAAGAAAGAAGAUGAAGAAUCCAUUAAAAAGGAUAAAGAAAAGGACAGCAAAGACGAGAAACCCAAAAGUCUUGCUGCUGUCAAGAUCAUGAAAGAUAUGGAGCGCUGGGCAAAAAUCCAGAAUCGUCAGAAAGAAAGUGUGCGUUCCCCUUCACCUGUGCUGAAAACUGGAAUGGAUGAUGACAGAAGGCAGUCUAAGUCUGCAGACGCUGGGUUUGCUAUCUUUGAGAGGAAGAUUUCAGGUGGAGAUGAUCUUUUCAAGAAGCCUCUUGCUCCUCCGAAGAAAGAUGAAAAAUCAAAACGUCCAAUGGGCUCACUGGGUUUGUUGGCUUCAGACUAUGCAGCAGGAAGUGAUGAGGAGAUAGAAGAGGACAAGGAGGAGGCUAAAGCAGCUAAAAAUGCUCAGGGCAGUCAACCUGAAGACAAGGAAGACAAGCUGACAGAUUGGAAGAAGAUGGCGUGUCUGCUCUGUAGGAGACAGUUCCCCAACAAGGAUGCUCUGAUCCGCCAUCAGCAGCUGUCUGACCUGCACAAACAAAAUAUGGAGAUCCACCUUAAGAUCAAGAGGUCCAAGAAAGAACUAGAGGCAUUGGAGAACCAGGAAAAAGAGUUAAGCGCGAGAGAAUCUACCAGGUCACCAGAACAGAAGAGACGAAAACACCAACAGCAGCAUCAUAAUGCCUGGGCGGGAAGCUCCAGGGAAAUGAAUAAAGUCAGUGAGAGACCUGGGUUAGGAGCUGAGCCCGCUCCAAAGAAAAAGAAGGCCCCUGUUGUUUGGGACCAUACCACCUACAAACAAGCAGUACGGAAAGCCAUGUUCGCACGGUUCAAGGAACUUGAGUGAUCUCAUCUGAACACAUCAUCAUCUCAUUUUGAUAUAUGAAGUGUUAAUAUGAAACGCUUGUGAGCCGUGCCAUGAGAAAUCCCUUGGACUCUCUUCACUGUUUUUCUGCCUCGGACAUUAUUACACUAUACAGCUGCAUUUCGGCACUGAAAUUAUAUAUGACGUCUCCUUCAUGGUGACCGGGGAACUCAACAAAAGUCAAGACAUUGACAUCUCCAGCAUGGAUGUAGACGAUGUUAAUUCACACCCUAUAUUUGAAUAUAUUUGUUUUAGUCGUGGCCUGUCUGUUGAAUUGUGAAAUACGUCCAGGAUGUCCUUUUUUAAUGAUACUGUCACUGGCCGCGGUUAAAUUUUGUUUUUAGAACCGAACAGUUUUUUUUUUUUUGUUUUUUUGUUUUCAUGGGUUGGAUGUGACGCACAAUUUUAAGUAAAGAAAAUCAACUCA